AUGUCUGAAAAGUCCAAACGGAAGCUACAGCCAAUCAAUCGCUUCGAGGAUAUAGAGAAAUUGAGCCACUAUGAUAUCAUCAAGAAAAUUGGCCAGGGUACCUUCGGUGUGGUUCAAAAGGCAAAGCAUAUCAAGACCGGUGAGGUAGUAGCCUUAAAGCAGCUCAUAAACAAUCUGGCAAAAGAGGGUUUUCCCAUCACAGCAUUGAGAGAAAUCACAAUUCUCAAAAAACUUAAUCAUGAGAACGUUCUACUGAUUCUGACCAUGAUACAUGAGGAACCUCGAACCUCCAAUCCAAAGGAUCAAAUUACGCAAAGAGGCGUGUUUUACAUGGUUUCUCCCUACAUGAAGGCUGACUUGGUGGGUCUACUAGGUAAUCCUGCUACUAAUCUAGAUGUGGCCUCCAUUAAAUGCAUGAUGAUGCAGCUACUAGAGGGCAUCAAUUACAUUCAUCAACUGCAUUUUCUACACAGGGAUGUGAAGGCUGCCAACAUUCUUUUGGAUCCGCAUGGAGUCUUGAAAAUAGCGGAUUUUGGUCUCGCUCGUGUCUAUCAUGGUCAAGCUCCGCUCAAAGGUAAAGGACCUGGUGGCGGGCAAAGAAACUACACUGGCUUGGUAGUUACUAGAUGGUAUAGGCCACCUGAGCUUCUUCUUGGUGAGCGGAAAUACACAACCGCUGUAGACAUGUGGGGCGUUGGGUGUGUUUUCGCGGAAUUGUUUGUGAAAAAGCCUAUCUUGGUAGGUUCGUCUGACUCGAACCAGGCACAAAUCAUAUUUGAUUUGGUUGGCCCGCCAAAUAGAGAAAACUGGCCCGAUGCCACACAUUUGCCGAACAAACCUGAUUUAAAUAUUGGCUUGACUUGUACUAGAUCGUUGGAGUCGAAGUUUACGCCUCUUAUGGGUGACCUUGGGGUGGAUCUAUUGAGUCAUAUGUUGACGCUUGACCCAAAGACAAGAUAUAAUGCGCUUGAUGCGUUGGAUCAUAUUUAUUUCAAGUCAGAUCCUUUGCCACUCAAACUGAACGAACUUCCUAUCUUUGAAGAGUGUCAUGAGAUUGACAAAGAGAGAUUCAAGAGAGCUCGAUCGGAGCCACCACCUGACAUGCCAGUCAAGGCUAAAAAGACAGAUUCUAAUCCAAGGCAACGUUCGAAGGGAAAGGAUGACUCGUUUAGAUCGACUAUUAAUUAUUGA